AUGAGUGUGAAAAAUUUAAUAGCGCAACACAUUGCCAUAUCUUUGGAGGAUACUCGCCUACCGCCACGCGAAUCGUUUUACAGUUCGCUAACCGGUAAUACGGUAUCCGAGAGCGAUUACGCGCACGCUGUCAACGUGUGGCAACGGUUCGCCAUUCGAACGCUCGGCGAAUACAGCGAUUUAUACUUGAAAACGGAUGUCUUGUUGUUGGCCGACGUAUUCGAAAAUUUCCACGAUAGCCGCAUAAAGAGUUACGGUCUUGAUCCCGCGUAUUAUUACACUUUGCCCGGUUUUACAUGGGACGCGAUGUUCAAACAUACACGUACAAAUUUUGAACUCCUUACCGAUAUCGAUAUGGUCAUGUUCGUAGAACGCGGUAUACGCGGCGGCCUGAGCCAAUGUUCGCACAGGUACGCGCAAGCCAACAAUAAGUACAUGCAGUCGUACGACCCAUCGAAACCUUCGUCGUAUCUCAUGUAUUUUGAUGUUAAUAAUUUGUACGGUUGGGCGAUGUGUCAACCACUGCUCUAUGUGAACUUUCGAUGGGUCGAUGACACUUCCAAUUUCAACGUGAACGCUAUCGCUCCCGAUUCACCAAAAGGAUACGUACUCGAAAUCGAUCUCGAGUAUCCGCAACAUCUCCAUGACGCGCACACCGACCUACCGUUCUGUCCGAUGCGAGAUAAGCCGCCAGGCAAUCGGCAGGAUAAGUUGCUCGCAACUUUAUGCGACAAGAAGCGGGCAGCAGCUAAAAACGAUUUUGAAAAAAAUUUGUACAAACUAAUGAAUAAUGCGGUAUUUGGAAAAACCAUGGAGAACGUGCGCAAUCACGUAGACGUUAAGCUGUUAACGAAAUGGAACGGAAGGUACGGUGCGGAGGCAAUGAUCGCUAAACCGAAUUUCCAUAGUCGCAGCGUCUUUUCGGAAAACCUGGUCGCGAUCGAAAUGCGUAAGCUCGAGGUAAAAUUCAACAAACCGAUCUACGUGGGUAUGUGCAUCCUCGACAUAUCCAAGGUCUGUUUGUACGAGUUUCACCACGAGUACAUGUUACCUCUUUAUCGUGAUAAAUGCAAAGUUGUGUAUACUGACACCGAUAGUUUAAUUUACCAUAUCGAGUGUGAGGACGUGUACGAUCAAAUGAAACGCGACAUUCCGAGAUUCGACACGAGUGAUUACGCGCCCGACAACAUGUAUAAUAUUCCGCUCAUGAACAAAAAAGUGCUAGGUUUAAUGAACGACGAGAACAACGGCGCGAUAAUGACCGAAUUCGUCGGACUUAGAGCGAAAAUGUAUGCUUUGAAGAUAGACGGUAAAAAAGAUACGAAGAAAGCGAAAGGUGUUAAGACCAAUGUAGUCGCACGAACAAUAACGUUCAACGAUUACAUGCAAUGUUUGAAAGACCGCAUAGAAAUGACUCGAGAUCAAUCCCGUAUACAGUCAAAGCUGCAUAACGUGUACACCAUUCGUGAGACGAAAAUCGCUCUGAGUCCGUAUGACGAUAAGCGUUGCGUGUUACCCCAUACUACCGAUACGCUACCGUGGGGACACUACCGCAUACCUUUAUAA